AUGGGCGAGCCAACCAAUACCACUUCACAUGCGCAUCACGAGAAACAAAACCUGGAGGUUCCAUCUGAUCUCACAGUUACAGAAGCGACUUUGACUGAGAAAGUUGGCGUAGCUUUCGACAAAAAAUAUCGAUGUAUCGCACGCAGGAAAAAGUCGAACAAGAGUAACGUGGAGAUGUUAGUCCUGGCUGAUGAACUUCAAUGGCUUAGGAGAACUGUUGUUCGGCCCGACCUCCCGGAGGCUUCCGAAGAUUAUAAAAGAGCUAAAGAAGCAGGAGAAUUUAGGGAAGUAGCGAUUCCGAGGUGGCACGAGGUCCAGGUACUCGAGAGCGUCAGUUUGAAUACUGAUGUGAACUCUGGGGAGGAUGACGGCAGUGAUGAUGGCACUCCCGGAGACGAAAAGGAUAAAACCGCACUACUAGACGGCGGAGAUGACACGCAGGCUGGAGUAGAUGAGCAAAAUAGCUUAGUAGCAGAUGCAGAAACUCAGACAGAGCCUGAUCAGGCUGCACUAGACGACGCUGAAUCUAGUAGCAGCGCAGAGUCUCAAAGCUCUGAACAGCAACGUGUCUCGAAAAGGGACGUAGCAGCUACGGAAGAAAAGAAUAGAAAGAUUCUUAGAAAGAAUGUUCAGGGAGAGGCAGCAGAGAGAACAUCAAAGUCUCAAAAGGACAACAAGAGAGGCUCCACCGCGCCGGCCAGUAUGUAA